UGGAGCUCGCAAGCCCGCGCUGAGGCGGGACGCGCCUGCUGGCCGCGAGCGAGAGGCUCUCCGCCGUGCGGCGCGCGGGCUCCGGGCCGGGGCCGGGCAAACUUUUCUUUCUCUUUUGCCCUCUCCGGAGGCGCCUUCUGCGGCGGGCGGACCGACUCCUCGGCGCGGCGGGGCCGGGGCAGGCUGGACGCGGCAUGAUGCGCGCAGUGUGGGAGGCGCUGGCGGCGCUGGCGGCGGUGGCGUGCCUGGUGGGCGCGGUGCGCGGCGGGCCCGGGCUCAGCAUGUUCUCCGGCCAGGCGGCGCAGCCCGACCCCUGCUCGGACGAGAACGGCCACCCGCGCCGCUGCAUCCCCGACUUCGUCAACGCGGCCUUCGGCAAGGACGUGCGCGUGUCCAGCACCUGCGGCCGGCCCCCGGCGCGCUACUGCGUGGUGAGCGAGCGCGGCGAGGAGCGGCUGCGCUCCUGCCACCUUUGCAACGCGUCCGACCCCAAGAAGGCGCACCCGCCCGCCUUCCUGACCGACCUCAACAACCCGCACAACCUGACGUGCUGGCAGUCCGAGAACUACCUGCAGUUCCCGCACAACGUCACGCUCACGCUGUCGCUCGGCAAGAAGUUCGAGGUGACCUACGUGAGCCUGCAGUUCUGCUCGCCGCGGCCCGAGUCCAUGGCCAUCUACAAGUCCAUGGACUACGGGCGCACGUGGGUGCCCUUCCAGUUCUACUCCACGCAGUGCCGCAAGAUGUACAACCGGCCGCACCGCGCGCCCAUCACCAAGCAGAACGAGCAGGAGGCCGUGUGCACCGACUCGCACACCGACAUGCGCCCGCUCUCCGGCGGCCUCAUCGCCUUCAGCACGCUGGACGGGCGGCCCUCGGCGCACGACUUCGACAACUCGCCGGUGCUCCAGGACUGGGUCACGGCCACCGACAUCCGCGUGGCCUUCAGCCGCCUGCACACGUUCGGCGACGAGAACGAGGACGACUCGGAGCUGGCGCGCGACUCGUACUUCUACGCCGUGUCCGACCUGCAGGUGGGCGGCCGCUGCAAGUGCAACGGCCACGCGGCCCGCUGCGUGCGCGACCGCGACGACAGCCUGGUGUGCGACUGCCGGCACAACACGGCCGGCCCGGAAUGCGACCGCUGCAAGCCGUUCCACUACGACCGGCCCUGGCAGCGCGCCACGGCCCGCGAGGCCAACGAGUGCGUGGCCUGUAACUGUAACCUGCACGCCCGGCGCUGCCGCUUCAACACGGAGCUGUACAAGCUGUCGGGGCGCAAGAGCGGGGGCGUCUGCCUCAACUGUCGCCACAACACCGCCGGCCGCCACUGCCACUACUGCAAGGAGGGCUACUACCGCGACAUGGGCAAGCCCGUCACCCACCGGAAGGCCUGCAAAGCCUGUGAUUGCCACCCCGUGGGUGCUGCUGGCAAGACCUGCAACCAGACCACCGGCCAGUGUCCCUGCAAGGACGGCGUGACCGGCAUUACCUGCAACCGUUGUGCCAAAGGCUACCAGCAGAGCCGCUCCCCCAUCGCCCCCUGCAUAAAGAUCCCCGUGGCACCCCCGACCACCGCAGCCAGCAGCGUGGAGGAACCGGAAGACUGCGAUUCCUACUGCAAGGCCUCGAAAGGGAAGCUGAAGAUUAACAUGAAAAAGUACUGCAGAAAGGACUAUGCGGUCCAGAUCCACAUCCUGAAGGCGGAUAAAGCGGGGGACUGGUGGAAGUUCACGGUGAACAUCAUCUCCGUGUACAAGCAGGGCACGAGCCGCAUCCGCCGCGGUGACCAGAGCCUGUGGAUCCGCUCGCGGGACAUCGCCUGCAAGUGUCCCAAAAUCAAGCCCCUCAAGAAGUACCUGCUCCUGGGCAACGCGGAGGACUCGCCCGACCAGAGCGGCAUCGUGGCGGACAAGAGCAGCCUGGUGAUCCAGUGGCGGGACACGUGGGCGCGGCGGCUGCGCAAGUUCCAGCAGCGCGAGAAGAAGGGCAAGUGCAAGAAGGCCUAGCGCGGAGGCAGCGGCGCGCCGGGAGGGCGGGCGGGCGGGGCCGAGCGCGAGC